CGGCCUGUCUGCGUCGACUUCCUCCGCUCUGAGGCAGCAGCAGGAAACGUCUCCAGCGAGCAGAGAGGGCCUGUGGGCGCGGAGGCCAGAAUGGACUCGUUCAACUCCAAGGACAUCGCCCUGCGUACCCAGAAGAAACUCCUGAGCAAGAUGGCCUCCAAGACCCUGGCCCACCUCUUCAUCGACGACACCAGCGGAGCGAUCCUGGACGAGUUCUACCGUGUGUCGAAGGAGUUCACGGGCAACCGCGGCGAGUCGCAGAAGGUGCUGAAGAACCUGGUGAAGAUCGCGGUGAAGAUUGGCGUCCUCUUCCGCCACCAGCAGUUCUCGGCCGACGAGCUGCGCCUGGCCGAGGACUUCAAGCGCAGGCUGCGGCGGGGAGCCCUGACGGUCAUCAGCUUCCACGAGGUGGCCUUCACCUUCGAGCCGGGCGUGAUGUCGGACUCCCUGACCGAGAGCAGGGACCUCCUGCUCAGGCUGGUGGCCGCCCACCUCACGCCCAAGUCCCACGGGCGCAUCAAGCACGUGUUCAACCACUUCGCCAACCCGGACCUGCUGACCAAGCUCUACGGGCCCGAGGAGCCCUACACGUCACACCGGCAGAAGAUCUGCGACGGGCUGAACAAGCUGCUGGAGGACGGGACACUAUAGACCUCCAGCGCGCACUGCCCACCUCCAGAUCACGUCCCUCAUCCAACCUCACCCCCCCCCUCGCUUCUAAGCCCCAAAAACCAUUCCAUCUCCAAUCCCAUCAUCUCCCUCCCAACCCCAACUCCUUCCCUCAUCUCCAAACCCAACCCUUCCCAAACCCAACUCUUCCCAAACCCAACUCUUCCA